AUUAGUUCGGGCUGGCACUUCCGGCCGAAGUUUGGAGGCCGCGGUUGUCAGGGAGAUUCGUCUCUGUGUUGAUGUUCCAGGCUGCGGUUGUGCUGUUUUUCAAAUGCAGCCUGUACAGGCACGGUCUUGAAGCGCCCGACCCCGAGAAAGAUUGAGGUCUGAAGUUGGUUUGUUCUUGCUGUGCCUUUGUUUCGGAAGCGGUUAACAAAGCCCCCUGAUGAGAGUGAGUUGCCUCUCCUUCCGCCAACCAUAUGCGGGUCUGAUACUGAACAAUGUAAAGACAGUGGAGACCCGUUGGCGACCUCUGCUGGCUGAGCUACAGGGCUGCACCCUGGCUAUUCAUGUGGCAUACAAGGAUUGGGAAGGCUCGGAAUGGGAAGGCAUCCUUACUCACACAGUGGGAAUGAGCCAGCACCAGAUACAAAACCUGCUGCAGGACGGAGAGAAGUUUGGCAGAGGGGCGAUUGUAGGGUUAGUGGACAUCGGAGACACCUGGCAAUGCCCGAGUGGUUCAGACCCUGAGGAGAUGAAGGAGUUGGAAAAAAGAGCUAUUCUGCAUGAGCUGGAGCUGAAAUAUCUCACCACUUUGUCCAAUCCGCGGUGGCUUCGUGAGCCAAUCCCAGCCAGGGGACACAAAGAUGUGUGGAUGGUUGAUAUCCCCGAUGAGCUGAUCCCAUGACCACCAUUGACAUUGAGUAAAAUUAGACUGAUCUACAAAGGAGGAACGUAACGAGAUCAAGUUUAUUGUCCUUCAUACCGCCAAACAAAACAACGUCUCUCCAGACCAAGGUGCACAACACAGUAUAUAAAACUCAGACACACAACACGUAAAGUAAUAUUUCCACAAAUAAUAUUGCAAGGCGGGGCAGAGAUACUUCUUUACCAAAAGAGGGAUGAGGUGCUCCUUCCCUCUGCUCGCCUGCAAAACAGCCUUGGACAAGGUGUAGCACCUGCUUAGUUCCCCAAUCAGACUCAAUGUAAAGCCACGAGAGCAGGUGGUGGAUGGUCGUAUGAGCAGUUGGUUCACAUCACAAAUCCUGGUUAUGUGACCACUGACACCACUGACUCACCGAUGAGCAUUGGUAAUGGCUGGGGUCGCCCGUCCUGUAAAGACACGGCUUAGAAGAAGGCAAUGGCAAACAGCUUCUGUAGAAACAUUUGCCAAGAACAAUCAUGAUCAUGGGCAGACCAUGAUCACCUCCAUCAUAUGACACGGCACAUAGUAAUGUCUACAAAUAAAUUCAUAAAUAAUCAUCAAAUAAUAAGAUGCAUAUCAAUGUCCAGGACUGGCUCCCCCUGAAAAUAAUGUGUUGAUUUGUCUGAUUUAUGUCAUGUUGCUAUUUUAUGUACUAUGUGGAAAGUAAUUGCAGAACAUAAUCAUUAAAAUCUUAAUUGUAUGAACUACAUAAAUUAUGUAAAAAAGUUAGUUUAUUGUGCUAUUCUACUGUAUAAUAAUCAUUCAUAGUUAUUGCUAAUUUUUUUCUUUCAAAAUCAGGUUUAAUAUCACUGGCAUAUGUUGUGAAAUUUGUUGUCUUUGUGGCAGCAGUAUAAUGCAAUACAUAAUAAUAGAAAAAAACAUGGAUUUCAGUAAUUUAUACAUAUGAAAUAGUUAAAUAAGUGGUGCAUAAGUAAAAAUUAGUGAGGUAGUAUUCAUGAGUUCAAUGUCCAUUCAGAAGUCAAAUGGCGGAGGGGAGAAGCUAUUCCUGAAUCAAUGAGUUCAUGCCUUAGGGUUCCUGUACCUCUUUUCUGACAGUAACAGUGAGAAUAGAGCAUGUCCUGACUGACUGAAAUAGUAAAUUAUUAAUUUUAUAAAUGUAAUGGCAUAGCAACAUACACAAAAUGCUGGAGGAAGUCAGCAGGUCAGUGGAAGGGAAUCAACAGUUGACGUUUCGGGCUGAGACCCUUCAUCAGUCCAGAUUAAAAUAGGAACCGGAGGGCCACCUUUUUCACUCAGAGUGUCAGUAGAUGGAAUGAAAUGGUUGAGGCAGGCACAUUGAGAAUAUUUAAAAUCGUUUGGAUAGAUGUAUGGAUAGGAAAGAUUUAAGGGGAUAUAGGCUAAAGACAGCUUGGUUGGCUUGAACCAGUUGGGCGAAGGGCCUGUUUGACUCUAUAAGGUGAAACUCCAAAGCAAGGUAAACAAUAAGGUUAGUAAAAUGGGCACUAUUGUCAUGGGCACACCAUCAUCAAAAGGUGGUGGGUCAAGAACCAGUAUCCAUCAUUAAGGAUGCCUACCAUCUGGGAAAUGCCUUCUUACUGCUAUCGUCAAAGAGAAGGAACAGGAGUCUGAAGACCCAUAUUUGAUGUUUUGGGAACAGCUUCUUUCCUCUGCCAUCAGAUUUCUGACUGGCCUGUGGACUAUGAACACUACCUCACUAUUUUGUUCAUUUUUUUUGCACUUUGUUUUUAAAAUUUCUUUUUUGUAACUUACUAUAUUUUUCAUGUACUGCACUGUACUACCACGG